UAUUUCCUCGCUAUCAGUAUCCAGAUCCCAGGGCGGUUCAAUUUCUGUAAAAACCUUGAUUUCUGUACUCGAAAUUAUUGAAAUUCGAUCCAUUUUUUCAACUGGAUCUUCUAAAAUCAGCUCAGAUCACCCAAGUUUUCCCCCGUUUUCUCAAACAAAAUUCCAGGGUUGUUUUCUCAGGUCAACUCGGUCAUCACCGAUAACGCGUAUUGGGUCAAACUGGGCGUGUUCGAAUCCAAUAAGAGCCUACCUUUCAAGCUUCUGUCGCAAUCUUGGUCAGAGCACGACAUGGAUGAUCCAAAGGAGGAUGUACUGUGUCAACUCACCGAUUUAAUCGUAGGCAUUUCAUCGUUGCCGGAAUGCAAAACGGUCUCCAAGAAGAUGUACGGUAACUUGGUGCGGAGGGCGAAGCUUUUGAGCCCUCUAUUUGAGGAUUUGAAGGAUAGUGAAGAAGAGAUGCUGGGAGAUGACGCCAUUAACGGGCUUGAGCUGUUGAGACUCGCCAUUGGCUCAGCUCUUGAGCUUCUUAAAUCGGUUCAUGAAGGCAGUACCAUUUUUCAGGCUAUGCAAAUAGAAAAAAUUUCAGGCAAGUUCCACCACAUCACCGAAGAGAUAGAAAAUGCACUUGGUCAUAUUCAUUACGAUAAGCUUGACAUAUCAGAGGAAGUUCGAGAACAAAUAGAACUUGUGCAUGCUCAGUUCAAAAGAGCGAUAUCAAAAGUGGACUCUCCAGAUUUACAGCUGGCAAUUGAUUUAGCCAUGGCACAAAGAGAAAAGGACGCUGACCCGAUAAUCUUUAAAAGACUAUCAGAAAAGUUGCAUCUCAGGACCAUAAAUGAUCUUAAAAGGGAAUCACUUGCCAUACAUGAUAUGGUCAUCUCUUCAGACGGUAUCCCAGAGGAGUGCUUUGAGGCAGUGUCAUAUAUUCUGAGAAAAAUAAAGGACUGUGUUAUGAUUGAUAAUCCUGAAGAAGAAGAAGAUGAUGAUGCCCAUGAGAGUGAAAAGACUUUGAUCAAGCACAGAUUCCCAAUCAUACCGGAUGAUUUUCGAUGUCCGAUAUCACUUGAGUUGAUGAAUGAUCCGGUUAUUGUAUCUACUGGUCAGACAUAUGAAAGGUCAUGCAUCCAGAAGUGGUUGGAUGCGGGGCACAAAACCUGCCCGAAGACCCAGCAGACCUUAUUGCACACGGCAUUGACUCCCAACUAUGUUUUGAAGAGUCUGAUUGCAAUGUGGUGUGAGAGCAAUGGCAUUGAGCCUCCCAAAAACCAUCAAGGGAAGUGCGGUAACAAACAGUCAGGAACUGGCGGUUUGGAUUGUGAUCGUGCCGACAUUGAUUCAUUGCUGCAGAAACUUGCAAAUGGCAACACAGAAGAGAAAAGGGCUGCUGCUGGUGAGCUCCGUUUACUGGCUAAAAGAAACGCAGACAACCGGGUCUGCAUUGCAGAAGCGGGCGCGAUCCCACUCCUAGUUGAACUACUUUCUACAUCAGAUUCUAGAACACAGGAACAUGCCGUUACCGCGCUACUUAACCUGUCCAUAAAUGAAGGAAACAAGGGUAUUAUUGUAAAUGCUGGCGCAAUACCUGAUAUAGUGGAGGUACUGAGGAAUGGAAGCCCAGAAGCCCGAGAAAACGCAGCGGCGACUCUGUUCAGCUUAUCAGUCAUUGAUGAGAAUAAGGUGGCGAUCGGGGCGGCUGGCGCCAUCCCCGCCCUCAUUGAUUUGCUGUGCAGUGGGACCCCAAGGGGGAAGAAGGAUGCAGCAACUGCCAUAUUCAACCUCUCGAUUUAUCAAGGGAACAAAGUACGAGCUGUGAGGGCUGGGAUUGUGACACCCCUAAUGAGGUUGCUCAAAGAUCCUGGGGGUGGGAUGAUGGAUGAGUCACUCGCUAUUCUGGCGAUACUUGGGAGCCAUCAAGAGGGGAAGGUGGCGAUCGGUCAAGCUGAGCCGGUCCCGGUUUUGGUCGAGGUGAUUAGGACCGGUUCUCCUCGGAACCGGGAGAAUGCUGCGGCUGUUUUGUGGUCACUGUGCACUGGUGGUGGGGACGUACCAAAUUUGAAAGCUGCUAGGGAUCUUGGGGCGGAAGAGGCAUUGAAAGAGCUGUCGGAGAAUGGGACCGAUAGGGCCAAGAGAAAAGCUGGCGGCAUUCUGGAACUUCUCCAAAGAGUUGUUGAUACUCCAUAGUUUUGAAGAAUCAGCACUAUAAAGUUCUCUUCUACUUUAUGUAUGUAUAAUUUAUGUAGAGUUCUCUCUUUUUUCUUUUUUUUUUUUGUUGUUGAGAUAUUUACUAUACCAAAUAAACUAGUGUUUUUGCUACAAAUGAAUGAAUGCCUUGUGUAAGUUUCCCUCCCUUAUGGAGCAUGUACAAAGUGAUAACUAGAAAUCUAGAAUCAUGUAAUGUAACAUUACAAACUCCAAGUUUAAAAGAGAAAUAACAGUGCCAAAUAAGAG